CUGGAACCAUUGUUGAUGAUAAUGUAGACAAUGAGACGGCAACACAUGGGGCAAAUCUAAACAUGAAAAUUAUCUAUAUUGUAAUCGGUUCACUUGGACUGAUUGGGAAUGUUAUCGUAUUGAUCGUCAUGCUAAGCAGCAAAAAACUCCGUUCAAAAACUACAAACAAAUUCAUCAUCAACCAGUCCUUCAUUGAUACUUCAACUUCUUUAAUACUCAUCACUAGUACAUUGUUCGAUGAUAUCAACACUGUCCCAAAAGGACUCCCAGCACACAUAUUCUGUGUUCUGUGGAUGUCAAAGUUUUUUCUGUGGUCAAUGUUGGUGACUUCAACAUACAACCUUGUUGCCAUGACAAUAGAGAAAUACUUCGCAAUUCUCUACUCGUUUAAACACAUGGAAUUCUUCACCAAAGGAAGAAUGAAGAUUGUCCUUGGAAUGAUUUGGCUAAUCGGCCCAUUUUGGAACCUGUAUUUGGCUAUAACUACAACCGUUACAUAUGAACAAUGUAGUGUAUACUCAGAAUGGAACCCACCUGAGAGUCAGACAAUUUUUGGUAUCUGCGUCGUUGUGUUCCAAUGGUUCGUCCCGAUUGUCAUCAUGGUAAUAUGCUAUGGACGGAUUGCUUGGUUUGUUCACACCAACA